AUGAGGAAGAGCGGCUCACUCUGCUUUAAAAUUACCGCUAAAUCUUUCGGUCAGCGACACUCCGAUUUGCAAUAUCAAAAAAACUCUGGACAAGCGACUGUUCAGCAAACGUGUAAGAUCAUAAUAUGGGAUGAAUGCACGAUGGCACAUAAAAAGGCUUUGGAGGCUUUGAACAGGACUUUACAGAAUCUAAGAGGUAAAGACACAACAAUGGGAGAAGCGCUUUUGCUGCUGGCUGGAGAUUUUCGUCAAACUCUUCCUGUCAUUGAAAGAGGUAUAGCAGCGGACGAACUGAAUGCGUGUCUCAAGUCUUCAUAUUUGUGGAGGCACGUUAAAAAAUUUACACUUUCAACUAAUAUGCGCGUUCGACUACACGGUGAUGAGGCCUCACGAGAAUUCUCAAACCAGCUUUUGCAAAUUGGAGAGGGUAGAUUCAUGAAUACACCCGGCAAUUACUCAGAGACAUUUCCGGACAACUUUUGUCGUUUAGCUACAUCUGCAGCAGACAUCGUUAACAGUGUCUUCCACGACAUUGAGGUCAAUUUUAAAAAUCAGGAAUGGCUUCGAGAAAGAGCGAUCCUAGCGCCACGAAACGAUCAAGCAACUAACCUUAAUAUAGCGAUUCAAAACAAGUUACCGGGAGCUGUAAAAACCUCCAAGUCUAUUGACACGGUUGUUGAUGAAGAUCAAGCUGUUAAUUACCCAAUUGAGUUUCUGAAUUCGCUGGAACCAUCGGGAAUGCCAUCUCAUCAAUUACAUUUAAAAAGAGGAUCUCCAAUAAUGAUGAUGCGUAACUGA